CGUGGUACGUGUUUUUGCUACGGCAAAAGUUUGAGAAUUUGUCGCCGGUUAGAUUUCAACGAUACGACAAUCAACAAUUAAAAAAGUAUAAAAGAACUUCGGCUUUAUUAUUCCAAAGUACAUUAUUCAGUUCUUUAUAUAAAACUUAAAACUACAAUAUGCCUUCUAUCUCUAUCGGUCAACAUCUUAUCAACCGACUUAAGGAAAUCAACAUCGAUGUUAUCUUUGGUGUUCCUGGCGACUUCAACAUGCCUUUAUUAGACAUUAUCGAAGACGAUGCCGAACUUACUUGGGGAAAUAAUGCAAACGAGUUAAACGCCUCAUAUGCCGCUGAUGGUUAUGCACGUAUUCGUGGUGCUGGUGCUGUUGUAACCACUUUUGGUGUUGGUGAACUUUCUGCUGUUAAUGGUAUUGCCGGCUCAUACUCUGAAAUGCUCCCUGUCAUUCACAUUGUUGGUACUCCUUCUACCAAGUCUCAAGCUGCUGGUGCUAUGCUUCAUCAUACUCUUGGUGACGGUAACUUCGACGUUUUUUACAACAUGUCAUCUAUGAUUGCUUGUGCUUCAACUCACUUAAAGAAACAGCAUGCUAUCUCUGAGAUUGAUCGUGUCAUUUCCCAAGCCGUCCUUUCCAAGCGUACCGGUUAUAUUGGUAUUCCUAUUGAUCUUAUUCAUUACGAAGUCGAAGUUCCUGAAAUUGCUCCUCUUGUCGUCACUCUCCCCAAGAAUCCCGAACAAACUCAAGAAAUUGCUCUUAAGGUUGUCGUUGAUGCUAUUGAAAAAGCAUCUCAUCCCGUUAUUGUUGUUGAUGGCUGUGUUCUUCGUAAUCGUUGCCAGAAGGAUGUCCAAGACUUCAUUACUCGUUCUGGUUUCCCCACUUAUGUUGCCCCCAUGGGUAAAGGUGCUGUCGAUGAAUCUCAUCCCUCUUUCCGUGGCUGUUACUCUGGCAAUGUCACCCUCGAAUCUGUCGAUAAAGAAAUCCAUCAAGCAGAUUUGAUCAUUGAAAUUGGUUCCAUCAAGUCUGAUUUCAACACUGGUAACUUUUCUUACUCGCUUAACCGUUCCAAGACCAUUACCCUUCAUUCUUUUGCUACCAUUGUUUUCUGUGCUGAAUAUCAAAAGGUUUCAAUGAUGGAGUUCAUCCCUCUUUUAACUGAAGCACUUCCUAAAGAACCCCGUGUCUUUGAUCUUGGACCCCGUGGUAAGCCUGAGCCAAUUCAAGAAGGUACCGAGAUUACCCAUAACUACUUUUGGAACAAGGUACCCGAGUUCAUGGAUGAGAAUGCCAUUGUCUGUGCUGAAACUGGUACCGCAGAGUUCGCUUCUUUAAAUUUGGAUGGUCCUAAAGGUACUACUUAUAUUACUCAAAUUCUUUGGGGUUCUAUUGGUUUCUCAGUAGGUGCUGCUGUUGGUGCUGCAAUCGCCGAUCGCAGUCGUCGUGUUUACUUGUUUGUUGGUGAUGGAUCUUUCCAAUUGACAGCCCAAGAAAUCUCAGUAUUCCUUCGUCAUGGUCUUACACCUGUUGUAUUCCUUUUAAACAAUGACGGUUAUCUUAUCGAAAAACUCAUCCACGGCCCUCAUCGCUCUUACAACAACUUCCAAAUGUGGAAUUAUAGUAAAGCUCUUGAUUUCUUCGGUGCCCAUCUCGAAAACAAUCAACAACAAGGAUGUUCUCAAGUUGGAUUUGAAGGAAAGGUAUCUAACCGUGACGAGUUUGAGGCAGCUAUGAAGGAUGUUCAAGCCAAUCCAGAUAAGAUGCAUUUCCUUGAAGUCAUUAUGCCUCAAUUUGAUGCUCCUCGUGAACUCAAGCUUCUUGUUGCCAACUCCGAAAACCGUUAAUUAUCUUUCAUUUCUUUUACAUUACUUCAUUUUGCACACUUAAAUCAUAUCCCACUCUAAAAAAACUAGCUUUGUUUCAAUAAAUUUAAUAAAUCAAUAUAUCUUAAAUUAAAA